AAGGAAACAAAAAAAACUCCCAACACAAAAAAUGAAAAAUGCUCUUCCUCCUUUUCAUCUUCGCCGUGCCGGAAACCACUUCCACCGGAACCCCAGCAUGAUUUCGCCGCCUCAGCCGCUCCCAUCCGCAACAGGUUCGUUCUGUCGACCUCCGAUGAGGUUCCUACACUCUGGAUGGACCAACGUUUUGUUCUUAUCGGCGAGGUCCUCCAAAGAUUGCAAUGUUAUAAUUUUGCCCACAAUUUUUCAACACUAGUUCCCAGUUCCCGCUCCCCUGCAUCUGGAUAAGGACAAAGUUUUCCUGAGUUGCUGCUGCUAUAAAGCCACCACCAGCAUUCAUUUCUUCAAACCAACUCAUUCGUUUCGCGAUUCUUCUCUUGCUCUUUCAUUAACCAUGUCUGCUCUUCCGCCUGUCAACACCGCCGCCAACAACUCUGGUGGGGGGAUUCCAGCUGUGGGAAAUAGGAUCGAUGAUCAGGAAAAGGGAAAAACAUGCCACCAAUGCCGGCGAAAAAUCCAGGGCGUCGCUGCUUCGUGCAAGAAUCUGAGAAAUGGCAAGCCUUGUGUAAUAAGAUUUUGCCGUUUAUGCCUUUCAAACAGAUAUGGGGAGGAAGCACCACAGGUAGUUCUGUUGGAUGACUGGAGUUGCCCAAAGUGCCGGGGCAAAUGCUACUGUAGCACAUGCAUGAUCUUAACAUGGAGGAAGGGGAAGCAGAGACUAUUUUGCGAGAACUAGUUCGCAAACAAAACUUGCGCAGUGGAGAGAACACCUUAGCUGUUGAGUUCCAGACUAGACUUUUGACCCUGCUCCGCACCGCUUCAGGACAUGAGUCUCCAUCCUUAACUACAGUAGAUGGGAACUGUUCAUGGUUGAAAGCUCUGGGGGAUUUAGCUUUACAAUCUCCUCUUGUGCUCAAGGAUUUCCCUGUAGAAAUGCUCAAUGAAGGCCUCUCUGGGUAUUGUAACUUGAGUUUGUGUGACAAGCUUAGACUCCUAACUUUCAUCUGUGAUGAAGUUCUUAACUCAGAGAAAGUGAGGAGUCAUAUUGAAAAGGAAAAUUUAAAUAUUGAGAAGCAGAGGAAAGAAGCCAAAGCUCUAUUUGCGGUUGCGAAGGAAAAGAAUUUGCUGGAAGAGACAGCCAAAACUGUUCAUUCAAAUGGGGAUCCUGGGUCAUCGACAGAGCAAGAUGCUGUUGUCCUGAAGUUAACAACUGAAGUUGCUCAAGCUCACAGUGAGAUGCUCGAGGCUAAGGGCAGGAUUCCUAAAAGGAAAAUUUAUGAUGCUACGAGGAUUGAGCCUCAGUUUGUGGAUGGUAGUGGUAAGGUAUUUUGGAAAUUGAAAUGUUUUGAAGCAGGUUUUCUAAUUCAUGGCACACCAUGCAAACAUCAAAGUACAAGAAGGGGAUGGUACUGCAUUUGAUGAAAGAUGGUCUGUUUAUGGUCCUGAGAAGAAGAAUGAGAUUGAUAAGUAUAUUUCUUCAAGGUAUCUAAUUCAUGAAGGAUUCUUCACGAUUUCUUCUUGGAAUGUUUGUAGUUGUAGGUGCUUUUCUGUCCCCUUUUCGAUUGAUUUUAGGCAUGUCACUCAGAGUACGUUUUCACAAUGACACUUUAAAGGUGAGCACUUCAAGAGGGGUCAUUGCAUCCCUUUUGUUUUUCCAUAUUUUUAAAAAAGCCACAAAGACAUCCCUACGAUAUCAUUUUUACUUCUUCUGACAUUUAUCUUUGGAGACAGGUUAUUGUACCAACUACCAACGAAAUCAUGUAUUUUUAGAAUUGCAAUUUGUAAGACGUAGGUGGAAGUGGCACUGGCAGCUGCUGAUGGUGAUCUUAACGUGGCAGUGGAAAUACUCAUGAGCCAGCAGGGUUGAAACAUGAAAGCUUCUCUUAAAAAAUUCUCUGCGCUUUGUUCAAUCACUGUCUGUGUUUCAUAUUGCACCAUACCACUAACAGUUCGGUGACACCAAACAGCCUGUCUUUGAAUAUGAUGUUAAACUGAAGAAAUUAUGGCAGAGAGGGUUUUAGCCAAAAUGUGAGCAUUCUGUUCCUCUUCAAUUUGUUUAUAUGUAAAUUAUAGAUAGAGUAAGAUCUUUAAUUCUAGGGACGGUACAUAAGAAAUUAGAUUCAUUUUUCUUCA